ACCCUCUUCUCAGGUUUCUCUCUGCUACUACCAAAAGUACUAAACUACACGAGGCAACGUUUUACGUGUGUACAAACGUACAGUGGUAUAUAGUCAUAUUAAACCACGUGUAGACUUGUAAAGUUACACAAUAUCUUGUACGAUUACAGAGAUGGCAAAUUUUGCGAUGCGAGAACUGUUUAAGUACGGUUGGGAGGAAGGAAAAGGAUUAGGUAAAAAUGAAAACGGCAUAACGGAACCCAUAAAACUUGCGACAAAUCAGAAUAAGGCUGGUAUAGGAUACGACGAAAACAAACCUUGGUGGGACACUUUGUAUGAUAAUACCAUUAAAAACAUUAAAGUCGAGUCGUGCGGUGACGAGGUUUCUUUAAUGACCGUCAAUAAUGUGGGUACUCCCAAAAGUAAACGCCAUAAUUUCUGGAAAAAAUCUGUGGAUUCCAGUCCGAACUUAAAGCUUAAAAUGUUUCAAAUAGAAGAAUUUGGCUGUGAUUCAGAGAGAUUAUUUAAGCAUUAUGCAUGUAUGAAUCAAAAGGUUAGAUUACAUUAUGACAAAUCUAUGCAUGAACCAACAGAACACAAUUUUACAUCAAAUGGAAAAUUGGAAAGAAUUUUACAUCAUAAUGCAUUAUAUUUAAAUACUAACCCUCUGUUAAGUGAUGCUUUGGUUGAUCAAAAGAAUGACGUAACGUGCAAAAAUGCAAAAUCAGAAAUCGAGAAAAAUAAGUACGAAGCAGAAAACGCAAUUUUAUCACAAUGUCUUGAAGAUACAAAAGAUUUUGUUUUAUUCAAAACAAAGAAACAUAAAAAAAAAUUACAUAAAUUAAUUCAGCAACUAAGCACUUGUAGUUUAGAAGAGAAUAAUAAUCAAAAGCAGAACUUUUUGGGUAGAAAGCUGUCUCAAAACAUGAAGAAACAUAAAGAGGAAAAAAAUAAUUUUAAAAAAGUACUACCCAAUAUAUAUGAUUCAAUAACUAAUUCUAGUGCUAAUAGUACAAAUGAAAUAAAAAUAACAGGAGGCUUGUUCUUUCGACAUGCAAAACUAAUACAAGAGAAAUUGCUUAGUAAGGUUAAAAUAAAAUCAAUAGAUCAGACAUCUGAUAUUUUACCAGAUGCGAAAUUAUUAGAAUUAGAAAGAUGUGAAAAGGAAAAAGAUAGCACUGAGCAUAAAGUAAACCAAAGUCUGAAAAUGGGAAACAUUGUGGUAGAUAAUAAGGCAAAGGAAUCAUUUAAAAAAGAUUGUACAAUAAUUGAUGUUGCAACGGAGACAGACAAGGAAAGAGAGAAUCUUGAUUGCAAGGCGAUACUUCCGAGCAAGGCGAUACUUCCGAGCAAGGCAAUACUUCCGAGCAAGACAAUACUUCCGAACAAGGCACCAGAUAAAAGGAUAUUCAAGCGCAACAUCUCAAAAAUAGAAGUUAAAAGUCAAUAUAACAAUCUGAUAGAAAAAAUAGAUGGCGACUUCCACUUCCUAAGAGUCAACAAAAAAAUACAAAAAAAGAAAAAUCUACAACCCCAUUCGAAAAAAAUUAAGAAAAUUAUCGAAAAACUGAACGCUGAAGCUUUGGCAAAUGAAUUAAAUUCUGUAAUAAAAAAUUUAACAAUAUGUAAUAUUACUGAAAAAUUGAAUGCAAAUACCGUUAAAAAGAAAUUCGUAAUACCCACUCAAACUCAUCUUAUGCCUGUUUAAAAAGAAAAAA